CUGAGACACUACUGACUACUGGAGUCUAUACUACAGGACUAUACUGAGACACAACUGAAGCUACUGGACUAUUGAACUGAAACUGAAACUGAACAGCAUCAUGUACUGUGCUUCCUAUCCUGUGUCUGCCGGGACCACCAGCAAUAACCUGAUGUAUUGCUACGUCAAAUCGGUCUACGAUCAACAAUCUCCACAUCGCGACGACCUCAACCCUGACUCCUCCUCACACUCCUCCUCCUGCGGCGAACAACAGGCGAGCAACAGUUCACCCGACACGUGGAACACCAAUGGGAUGGAUCAGACUGGCUACAGAGGAAUGGGAGGGUCUUCAGCCCACCAAUCAGGGUGCUACAGUAACCCGCAACCAUCACAUAAUCACCUGGUCUAUUCUCCCCAUUCAGUCUCACCUGUAGAGGUGAACAGGGGUCUUCCUCCCAUGUCUACCUUCCACCGUAACGACCCUGCUUCAUCUCACUCCCUGUCAGCCGACAGCUCAGAGAACUCCACAGGAAACCCCGCUACAGGAGGGUCUCAGACCGGAGCAGCCCUGGGGAAAGCACUGGCUUCUAUCUAUUCUCCUGACUACACCAGCAGCAGUGAAAACUCCUCCACACCAGACAGGUCUCCAUCUCCACACACAGGGUCUGCAACUGGUCCCCCAGCUAACCAGUGGCGCACGUCCGCUCAGGCGUCUCUCUCCCCCAGCUACGAGUCUUCUCCUAUAUCGCUGUCUCAGUUGGAGGAUCGUCUAGACAGACUGGAUGAUGUGAUCUAUGUUCUGCAUAACCAUGCGGCGGGACCCAUCCCCAGCCUGCCCUCUGACAUCCACAGCCUGUUGAACCAGGCUCACCAUGGACACAGUCACAGCACCCCGCUAACAGGCGCACACCAUGGACACAGUCACAGCACCCCGCUAACAGGUGCACACCAUGGACACAGACCCACCGUAGCACAUGACACAGCCAUGGUAGAGGCUGUCAAUCUGAACAACAACAACCACCCUGCGCUCCAGAGCCGUUCACUGAAUAAAAAUGGCCGCUCCUUCGUAGCGGGUCUCCCGGCAGGACUAGGUGGCUUGGAGCUGAAGUUGGAGGGUCUGGAGGAUGUUGAGCAGUAUGAGCUUCAUCACAGCCAUCACAACCAGCAGGGUCACAGACACAGCUCUGACAGCCACAGCCAGCGCUCCGACGAGGAGAACGAGUCACACAAGACACAAGGAGACAGCAUGACCAGCAGCAUCCAUGAGGACGAGGAUAACCUGAGUCCAGAGCAGAGGGCUGAGCGGGAGCGGGAGCGGCGGAUGGCUAACAACGCCCGCGAGCGCCUUCGGGUCCGUGACAUCAACGAUGCGUUCAAAGAGCUGGGUCACAUGACACAGCUGCACCUGAAGAGCGAGAAGCCUCAGACCAAGCUGCUUGUCUUACACCAGGCCGUGGCUGUAAUACUUAGUCUGGAACAACAAGUCAGAGAGCGUAACCUGAACCCUAAGGCAGCCUGUCUGAGGAGGAGGGAGCAGGAGAAUACGUCAGCUGGGUUAACGGACGCCCAGGGCCUGCAUCAACACCAGGCAUCACUACAUCCUGGACUAGAGGCAGCUAACCCCAUGGGACAUCAUCUCUAAACACCUAAAACAGAUGAAGUGAAGUAGGAGGAUCAUCUCCAGAUGGUGAAAGACCAUCCAAUGACGUUCAGUGUUAUCUCUAGGACCCGGUAGUGAAGAAACUGAAGGUUUUUCGGUGUAUGGGAAAAGUGUUGCAGCAGCUAAUUAACCAUGAUAGUAGUGACAAUUUCCUCCUGACCCUCCUGAUCGACUUUCACCUGUGCCUAAACUUACUUGUAACCAGCAAAUGUUUUGUACAAUAUGUUUUAUAUUCGUUAGUACAGUGAAAGAAAAAAAAACAAAGCACUGUCUUGUGUAAAACAACGUUUAUUUCAUAUUUUUACUCUCCUCUGCCGUACAGCAUUUACUGCAAUGCAGCCUCCGCAGAAGUCAGAGCAUUCAUAGUUGUUGAGCUUCGAGGAGCUGUCAUACGCAUCCAAUAAAUUGGUCUGAACCGCACCACUCGUAGUGAAUCAGGGCUAAUCUCUAUAGCCAUCCAGCGAAUUACAAGCAACUGGCUAAACGAAAAGACAGGACCUUACCUCCUCUGAGAUGUUGGCAUCUGUUUCCCAGUGUUUGACAUAGGAGCUCAGCCAAGAUAGCAUGAGGUAAAAAAGGCUGCGUCUCCAUCCCGAAUCUCCCCAUCGCCCCCCAAGCAAAAUGUGCCUAUUGUUAACAUGUGUAUUUCACACUUUGUUGAAGAGUAUAAUGCUUGUAUUGAUGUCAACCCCAAUACAUGUUCAUGUCA